AAUCAGAAUAGAAAAACUCUUGUAAACACCCCUGAUCCGAUUAGAUAUUCGCAUCCGAUUAGAUUUCUGAUCGGAAUAGAUAAGGUGGUGUAUUCCGUUCCUAUUCCGAUUAGGUGCCCAUGUAUACUGUGAUCGGAAUAGAUUUUGACGAUAGUUCAGCGCGUGCCUGAACUGAGGAAUUCCAUGGAAGGAUACAAAAUUGCUACAAAAAGAUUAACGUCGACUUCAAACGGCUACUUCAAAGAAAAUGGCAGCUCGUAAACUGAAUUGGUCUGAUCGAGAGACAAGGAUUUUAAUAGACGUUUUUAAACAGCAUGAUAUAAUGAAAAGAUUGGAUGGAAGAAAAUUUAAAAAUGGGGAGUUGUACUUAAAGGUACACAAAACCUUAGUGAGUUUGGAGGUAGAGCGAUCCAUCACACAGAUCCUACACCGAUGGAAGUGGCUGAAGGCCGGCUACUACAAGGCAAAGGCCGCCUCCGAAAGGUCCGGCGCUUCACCAGCAAAAUUCCCCUUUUUCGAGGAGAUGAAGGAGUUGCUGGGAGGACGACCUCUUUCCAAUGUCGAGGGGGUUGAUGUGGGGAUGGGGGGCGAGGAGGAGGUGAACGUCGAGGUGGAGGAUCCAGACCAAGAAGACGUAUCUGAUGCUUCCCUCAGUAGUGGUGACGAGCAAGACGGAAACUUGGAAAGCAGCAUGGAGGACGAAAGUGCAGCUGACCAAAGUCUGGCAAGAAAAAAACCAAAAGCAACUGUGGCAUCGGGAUACCAAAGAGCCCUGCAAAAUUGGAGCAUAGUCAGCUCCAGAAGUUGGAGGCUCUCCAGCAGAAGGCCAGGGAGCACGAGGAGAGGAUGUUUAUGGCCUUCAUGGAGGAGAACACCAGGUCAAAUGAACGACUCUUGA